AUGACAAGGCUGCAAAGUGGGAGUUGCUUGGGACCAUCCAAUCUGCGCGACAGCGAGGUCCAAACGGGCGCAUCUGGCUCGGCAUGUAGAUUUGUAGUGGCGGAUCGUAUUGUCAGCCUCAAAGGCCUCAAAGGCCUCAAAGGCCUCAAAGCUGUCCGUGACCGUGACCGUGACCUCAUCUCGGCACACACAAGUCCGUCUGCUACUGGUACCGGUAGUCCUAUAGCUUGUAGCCAGCCAACCAUGUCUACCGACGUGACCUCUACAGCUCCUCUGCCUUCUCGGGACUGGCCUUUGACUUCCUUUCAGAUACCACCCAGCCCGCCCAAGUCCGAACACAGUGGCAGCGAAGUCUCCGAUGAAUCGUCUCCAAGCCCAGGAAGUCCGAGUGCGGCAGUAGCUUCUCGGUAUCCUCUUCCUCCACCGACCAACCCGCCAACAAAGGUUCUCCAACAAGACCUCAAGACCCCGGACAACCAUGUACCCCGUGAUGCAAGACUUAUUCGCCUGACUGGCAUACAUCCUUUCAACGUCGAAGCGCCACUCAGUGCCUUGUACGACGAAGGUUUCCUCACAUCGCCAGAGCUCUUCUACGUACGGAAUCAUGGCGCCGUGCCCGAGGUUGACGAUGCUUCGGUCCUGGACUGGGAGUUUACCAUAGAAGGAUUGGUCAAGAACCCGAUAACCAUGACUUUGAAGCAACUCAUGGCCGAGUACGAGCAGAUCACCGUACCGGUUACGCUCGUCUGCGCUGGCAACCGAAGGAAAGAACAGAAUCAGGUUCGGAAAUCGAAGGGCUUCUCGUGGGGUGCUGCUGGUGUGUCUACUGCCCUUUUCACAGGCGUUGCAAUAGGCGAACUUCUCAAGAGAGCUGCGCCGUUGCGAGGAGCAAAGUACGUCUGCAUGGAAGGUGCCGAUAAACUGCCAAAUGGCUACUACGGAACGUCCGUGAAGCUCAACUGGGCAAUGGACCCAAACAGAGGUAUCAUGGUGGCCCACAAAAUGAAUGGAGAGAUGCUUCGUCCGGAUCAUGGAAAGCCCCUGCGAGUGGUCGUCCCUGGUCAGAUUGGCGGCCGUAGUGUCAAGUGGCUCAAGAGACUCGUUGUCACUGCGGCUCCCAGCGACAACUGGUAUCAUAUAUACGACAACCGGGUUCUCCCUACUAUGAUCAGUCCCGAGCAGAGCGCUAACGAGCCGAGAUGGUGGAUGGAUGAGAGAUAUGCUAUAUAUGACCUGAGUACGAACAGCGCGACCGCGUACCCAGCCCAUGAUGAAAGACUGUCGCUAGUAAACGCACCCGAAACGUACAAAGUUCGCGGAUAUGCGUAUGGAGGAGGUGGUCGGAGAGUGACGAGGGUCGAGGUGACUCUGGACAAGGGCAGAUCCUGGGCCCUCGCAGACAUUCGAUACCACGAGGACGACUAUCGGGAUCAUGCCGACGAGGAUGAGAUGCUGUUCGGAGGGAGGCUCGACAUGGGCUGGCGAGAAACAUGCUUCACUUGGUGUUUCUGGGAAAUUGACUUGAAGGUCGGGGACCUGGAAGUGGCUGGAGAUAUCAUGGUCAGAGGCAUGGACGAGGGCAUGAACGUGCAGCCCAGAGACAUGUACUGGAGCGUUUUGGGAAUGAUGAACAACCCUUGGUAUCGAGUCACGAUCACCAAGGAGGGCGAGUCUCUGCACUUCGAGCACCCCACUCAGCCAGCUUUGAUCCCCGGUGGAUGGAUGGAGAAGGUGAAAGCGAGAGGCGGCAACCUCGCCAACGGAUUCUGGGGCGAGAGCAUGGGUGGCGACGAAGAGACGGACAUUGUUGAGGCCAAAAAGGAGAUCAAGAUGACAAAGAAUGGACUUGACAAGAGCAUCGCCAUCGAUGAGCUCAGGAAGCAUGACGAAGAUCACAGCCCGUGGUUUGUCGUCAACGGAGAAGUAUACGAUGGAGCAGCUUUCCUCGAGGGCCAUCCCGGAGGAGCAGCCAGUAUUGUCGGUGCUGCAGGUCAAGACGCCACUGAUGAAUUCAUGGCCAUCCACUCCGAGAACGCCAAAGAAAUGAUGCAGCACUACCACAUCGGCUCCCUGGACGAAGCCGCCCGCGCCAUCCUCUCCAAUCCCGCGGAAGAAGCCCCCUCGUCCACCCCCCGAGAAAUCUUCCUCCAGCCCAAAACCUGGACCAAGGCACUCCUCUCCUCCAAGAAGUCCGUCUCGGCCGACACCCGCAUCUUCAGCUUCACGCUCGAGCAUCCGGACCAGAUGAUCGGUCUCCCCAUCGGCCAGCACCUCUUGAUGCGUCUCCAGUUGACGCGCGAAGUGAUCAUCCGCCCCUACACGCCCAUCUCCGAAGGCACAGACAGGGGUACUCUGCAAGUGCUUGUCAAAGUGUACCCCGACACGGCGGACCGGGUCGGGGGUAAGAUGACGAAGGCGCUGGACGCGGUCCCCGUCGGCCGGUUCGUCGAUUUCAAAGGCCCGAUUGGGAAGUUCGAGUACCUUAAGAAGGGGCACUGCACCAUUGGGGGCCGGCCUCGCUUCGUGAAGCGGUUCAUCAUGAUAUGUGCCGGGAGCGGCAUCACCCCGAUCUUCCAAGUCCUGCGGGCUGUGCUGAGCGAUCCCGAGGAUGGGACGAGGUGUUUGGUGCUAGACGGAAAUCGUCUUGAGGCGGAUAUCCUAUGCAAGGAGGAGAUGGAUGCCCUGGUCAGGGGUCGGGAAGAGCAAUGCAGGCUGCUGUAUGCGCUGACGAAGCCGGAAGAGGGUUGGAAGGGAUUGGUGGGGAGGAUCGGGAAGGAGUUGCUUGAGAAGGAGGUUGGAGCGUGUAAGGCUCAGGAUGGAGAGGAUUUGGUGCUGAUUUGUGGGCCGGAGGCCCUGGAGAAGAGCGUACACGGCUUCUUGAAUGAUAUGGGGUGGAAGGACGACGAUUUGUUGUUUUUCUGA